GUCCUGUGUCAUAGAGCUGCACAAAGUUGAGGGGAGGGCCAAAAAAGCAAAUUCAUCUGACGUAGCAGGAAUUCUUCGAAGGGAAUUUGUUUUCCCGAGGCCCGUGCCUCGUGAGACGAAACGCUUAACGCCGAUAUGAUAAGUGCAUGGCAGGGAUAGUGUUUCUCACUUGUAUUUAUACUUCAUAUUUUGUCCAUACCUGGGUUGAAGCACACACGCUUCAAGCGAAGAGUGAUAAACAAUCAAAGUAAGAGAUAUGAUGUCAUGUGAAAACGCAUUUUUAGCUUCAUACCUUGUGUGCAAUGUUAUAUUUUAAUAUGAUAUUUUUUAUAUACUAUUUUAUAAAAUAGGAUUUAUUCAAUUAUAGUUUUAAUAGUAUAGUUAUCAAUUUGUAUUUGUGUAUCGUUCUCUUCUCAUAAGUACAAGCCCAAGAAAUAAGUUACUAACCUAUGGACAAGUAACGAAAUCUAACUUAUGGACCAAUAAGAAUGCUCUAAGCAUUCGUGUUCUUUUUCUUUGCGUGGCGCUGUUUCAUUUUGAAUGAACCGUUGCUAAAAAAGUCAUAUUAGUCAUAUUAAAUCUAUAACGAGAUAUUGUUAAAAUUGUUAAGUUCGUGGAUUACAUUAUUCUGAUAAAAUUGUUAUUAACAAUUUUUUCUUGUUUCAUUGAUUUUUAAUCAUUUAUGAACUUCAUAUAUGUUUACAAGAUUCAUGCGGGAAAGUCUAUGUUGGUUAAAAUAUAACAAACCAAAGGAAGAAUGCAAGCUUUCUUAAAAAUAGGUAAAUUAGGAGCAGGAGAUACGAAGAAACCUUCUACUUCUCGUACAAAGGAAGAACGAAACGAGUCGUUAACACCAUGGGUAGAGAAAUAUCGACCAAGAACGGUUGAAGAUGUCGUUGAGCAAGCAGAAGUCGUUGAAGUUUUAAAACAGUGCAUGGAUGGUAGCGACUUUCCAAAUUUAUUGUUUUAUGGUCCACCUGGUACUGGUAAAACUAGUACCAUUUUAGCAGCAGCUAGGCAAUUAUUUGGUACAAUGUAUAAAGAAAGAAUUCUAGAAUUAAAUGCUUCUGAUGAAAGAGGAAUACAAGUAGUAAGAGACAAGGUAAAAUCGUUUGCCCAACUUACUGCUGGAAGCAUGAGAAAAGAUGGAAAGAAGUGUCCUCCAUUCAAAAUUAUUAUUUUGGAUGAAGCAGACAGUAUGACCCAUGCAGCACAAGCAGCUCUACGUCGUACAAUGGAGAAAGAAUCUCAUAGUACGCGUUUUUGUUUAAUAUGUAAUUAUGUAUCAAGAAUUAUAGAACCUUUGACAUCACGUUGUACAAAGUUUAGAUUCAAACCACUUGGGGAGGAAAAAAUUAUUGAACGAUUGGAAUAUAUAUGUGAGAAAGAAAGCCUAAAAGCUGAAAAACCAGUUCUUGUAAAAAUUGUAGAAGCAUCAGGUGGUGAUUUAAGACGUGCUAUUACCUGUUUACAAUCCAUUGCGAGAUUAAAAGGGAAAGACAUAGAAGUUACGAUCAAUGACGCACUUGAAAUUAUUGGUUUUAUACCUGACAAUUGGCUUGAUAAUUUAAUGGAUGUAUGCAAAUCUAAAGAUUAUAAUAAAGUCGAAGCAUUCGUAGAAGAUUUCUUAUUGGAGGCUUUUGCAACUUCGCAGGUUAUAGAGCAGUUGAGCGAAAGAAUAAUUUAUUCUAAUGAAUUUUCUGAUAAGCAGAAGGCAAUGAUCGCAGAAAAACUUGGGCAAUGUAAUUACAGGCUAUUGGAAGGAGGUAGCGAAUACAUACAACUUAUGGACCUCUGUUACUGUAUUAUAAAGGCAUACAAUUGAACAUGAGUUUUCUUGUUAAAUACAAGUCAAAUGCUUUUCUUUGCAUCGUUUAUAUGAUGUUAUACAUUAGUAUAUUUAUAUUAAGAAUAAAAUAAAUAUUUUUUA